CCUGUAGUCAUAAAAUAGCCGACGCUCACCCCGAUCAGUGCGCAAUUUUCUUUCUCUUCGGGUUCAUUGUUGGAGCAAGACGCGACGCACGCUUCACUCCCGUUUUUCCUAAUAAAAAGUGAUUAAAAGUCUCUUGUUAAAAAGAAUAGAAGCCGUUUUUCCGAAGUGCGUUGAACUUCGCAAAGUACAAGUGUGGUUUUAAUAUACUGCGACAACCGGCUCGCUGCGUAGAAAAUAAGUGAAUAAAAAAUAAGAUAGAAAAAAAUGGCCGAUAAUCAGGAUCAGGAGAUGAACGGUUCUAGCCAAGAUCUAGAUCUGAAUGGCGAAUCGAAGCAGGAUAGCAAUUCUGCGAACGGAAACGGCGACUCCCCUGCAGUGCGUGAUGACGACAGAAAAUUAUUCGUUGGUGGACUUAGUUGGGAAACAUCAGACAAGGAACUCAAGGAACACUUCGGCCAGUAUGGUGAAAUCGAGAGCAUCAAUGUCAAAACCGAUCCCAACACCGGGCGCUCCCGAGGAUUCGCGUUCAUCGUGUACAAGAGUGCCGAAUCCAUUGACAAAGUGGUCGCCGCUGGCGAUCAUGUCAUCAACAACAAAAAGGUCGACCCGAAGAAGGCCAAAGCGCGCCACGGCAAAAUCUUUGUCGGUGGGUUGACAACCGAGAUUAGCGACGAGGAGAUCAAGACCUUUUUCGGACAGUUUGGAAAUAUUGUUGACGUGGAAAUGCCGUUCGACAAGCAGAAGAACCAACGGAAGGGAUUCUGUUUCAUCACCUUCGACUCGGAGCAGGUGGUGAACGAGCUGCUGAAGACCCCCAAGCAGACCAUUUCCGGCAAGGAAGUGGACGUGAAGAAGGCGACACCAAAGCCCGAUAACAUGCAGAUGGGUGGCCCAAUGGGCGGACGAGGCGGUAUGCGUGGCCCACCACCACGCGGAAUGCGAGGGGGACGUGGAGGCCCAGGAGGACCAAAAAGCUACGGACAAGGCUGGGGCGGACAGGGAUACGGCGGAGGAUACGGCCAGGGCGGAUACGGUGCAUACGGUGACUAUUAUGGCGGUUGGGGAUGGGACUACAACGGUUAUGAUUACUCUCACUACGACGACUAUUACGGAGGUGGUUACAACGAUGGCUAUGGAAUGAACGGCGGUCGACCUGGUGGUCCUCGCGGGGGUAAAGGCGCAGGCGGUGGUUACCAAGGUGGUAAGCAGCGAGGAGGUGGCGGAGGCGGCGGUGGCGGUCGUCAGCCAAGGCAUACGCCGUACUAAGAGAGUCCCACGGACACACACACAUACAAUGCGUUGUCCAGUCGUCCCCCCACACUUUUAAUUACUAUAGACUAGUAGUUUAGCUCCAUAACCACCCAACAAACACACACACGUUGGAAAAAAAAGAAGAAAAUCACUAGCGAUAAGUCCUGUAAUGAUUCCUACUUGAGACCCAAGAAGAAUUAGAAGAAGACCUGAGUGUGAACGAAAAUGAAGAACAGUGCUUUUGAGAAUGAAGGAACAAAAUACAAAACCCAACAAAAAAAAGCGACGAAGCGUUUCCGAGUCUACAGUUUGAACCUCUCCAGAAGAGACAUGUCAUGAGGAAGCCACACUUUCAAAGACACUAGAGUUAUUGGUUUCACUUGCUUAUUGUGAGACGAAGUCAAUCAACGAAAAAUAGGAAGGAUUAUGCAUCCAUCCGGGUCACAUCAUUGAUGCUUGUCGCGCCUUACAGAACAACAACAAACACUUGCGAAGAGGGGUCAUCGAUUCAAAUUCACAUUACUAUAUUAUGAUUGCUCUGAACAUGAUGAAACACAACAGAGGAUUUGUAUAUUUUGUAAGACAUUAGACAUUAAUUUUUUGCGUUCAGUUUCACGAUUAAAUAGAAUUAACAGAUACUGAUGAUGCUGCUCUGCUCCCCUUAUACAACAAUAUUCAACAUAUGAGAGGAUUACGCGAAUGAUGAUUCGAUUGGCACGAUUCACCCUCUUGAAGAAACUCACAUUAAAAAAAAGCAUAUUCAAAUGCAGUAUUACAUUUUACUGUACCUCAUGUUUCAAUAUGAUAUAAACAAAAGCGAAUAAAGUACAUUUUAAACAUGAUGAAUCGUUGCGUGUUUUUUCCAAUGCAUUCUCUUAGUUUAGUUUGUUUUCUGUUUGUGAACAAGUCCGAUUCGAUGAUGUGACUCCUAUUUGGGUGUUUGAAUAUAUGUAACUUUUUCUGGAAUACUUUAAAUCAAUAUCCACUCGUCACUGGGUCUCGCUUGUCGGAAUUAGGAUUUUUAUGAAUAGGAGGGAAGCAGGAAAACAUGACUGACUGACAAAUUUAAUUAGUAAUCAUUUUCGUAGUGUUUUCUUUCGACGAGGCAUUUAUUACCGUUCAUAACGAAUACAAAAUAUAAUUUUUCAGUCCCAGCUGAUAGUAAAAUGUGUGAAGGAACAAAAAAACGAGUAGUUUGUAUUGAUUUAUUUAUAUUACGCCUAGAGAAUAAGUGAAUGGACUAUUUACAUAUUUUAUGUAGAUUGGAGCUCCAAAAUCUGUACUGUAUCAGAUUUUCAACAAAAUAAAUGAAACAAGUAGCUGGUCAAA